UUAUAUUGGUGGCAGACUGUAUAUAAAAUCAGAAAUAUUAAAUCUAAUAUCAGGAUGAAAUAUUCUGACGAUCUAGGAGGUAUUUAAGUGUUUCAAAUAGAUAAGAUAUCGAUCACAAUUAUUUUGACAGUAGACUUCAAUCAGCGAUACAGUUUUAAACUGAUCUCAAACCUAUUAAAUACCAGGAGAUAAUGAUAAAUUUUGUACAGUGGCAAGUUUAAGAGGCGUGUUGUAUUUUAAAACAGAAAGAAACCAUUGAACUAUGAACAACAAGCAGAGAGAAAUUCUGCACCAGCACCGAAAUUUCCUUAUCAAGAAUGUACCAUGGACGGACGAUGUGGCUAAUAAACUUUUGGCCCAGGGUAUUAUCACGGACAGCUUUCUUAAGGACAUACAGAACAUCAAAGGCGGCAACAACAGUAGGAAGAUAUUAGCAAAGCUCCUGGACGUUUUACCUCUCAAAGGAUCUGGAGUCUUCGAAAAGUUCUGUAAUUUCUUACUGUUAAAUGGACAUCCGUUCAUUGCCGACUUCCUCCGAGAUGAAGAAAAUGCCAAUACAGACAUUUCAGAUCUCAAAGAAAUUUAUAAAAGAAUUCCUGCGUUGGACAAACAUCUUAAAGAUGCUGAUAAACGAGUCCUCGAAUAUUUUGUCCACGAAAAGGUCAAAGAAUCGAUCCUAAAAGGUCUUUGGAGUAAGGAGGCCAUAGCUAAAGAGAAAGACAAAGCAAUCGAUGCCAAACAAAGACAGUUGGAAGAUGCGUUUGGCUAUGAAGACAAAGAAAAACGGAAAAAUGAAGAAAUAUCCGAGUUAGAGAAAAAACUUACACAAUCGAGAAAUGAAAUUAAAGAGUUAAAGUCUCAGUUAGGAUACGUCAGUUCAAAACUGAAGGAAACUGAAGACAAAUUUAGGUCCGACUUCGGUGUACAGAUUAAGUACAACAAUGCUAACGAAAAUGCCCUGAGAAAAUUGCAGGAAAAGAAAGAACAAUGCGAAAAAGUUUUACAGCACAUUGAUACAAAAAUCAAGGAAAUACUGCAUAUACCACAAAGAAAUUCAGAACGGGACCAAAUGGCAUUAAUGGAGUUUAAGUUCAGUUUUGUCGAGGAAGACUUCAAGAAAUUGACAGAAAAGUAUAGCUUGCUGCUAGAGAUAGAGAAACAGUACGAUAAACUACUUCAUGAACGAAAUUAUAUUCUAGCACAUCUUGGACAUUCUAAAGAGCAAGACAAGAGUUUAUUAAAUGCGUAUAGAGAUUUUGCAGUGAAGACUGACGAGGAUAUGAUGACAAUGAAGGAGCAACUUCAGAAACACAGCCAUAUAAUAGAAGGUCAACAAGAAACAAUUCAAAAUUUAAAUAAAGAAGUGGAAACCAAUGUAAAUCAGAGGAAAAUGAAACAAGCGGGAACAGUCUGGCAAAAUGCCAUGAUGUCGGUUAUGCGGAAACAGCUGAAUGACGUGAAACACGAAAGCAGAGUUAAAGACACCAGAAUUAAACACUAUGAAGGUGAGGUAGCGAAAUUAAAAGCAAAGAUCGUCGAACUAGAAUCAUCAAAGGCACAUAUAAAAUCAGCCACUCAUCGACAUGUGCACAAAGACUUAAUGAGUCCGGAACAGCACAGAUUUACUCCUGGAAUGCACACAGACGAUGAUGAUAGCGAGUUGGAUAAAUACGAAACAAAAAGUAGAAGAAAUACACUGUUACCGCCCCUUGGCGGGAAAGUUUUGUACCAAGCGUCUGAUGUGCGUGUAUCUCCAUCACAAUCACCGAAACGCCCUAAACCAAAACAGAACGUUUAUCAAAAAGGCAUGUGGAGUUCUCCAAAUGCUGCUAUGCAAGAGCCCUUGCACACACAGCAGUUAAAAUUUGAAAACAGAAGUAUAGGUGCACAAGACAAAUUAGGACAUAUGGGACAUGGGCUUGGUGGUCUGAAAUUGAUGCACGGGAAACUAGGGAAGCCUUCACAUGUUCGGACAUAAAAUGUCUACGUUACACAAGACUAGUUAGGAGACCACUUAAACGAAAUUUAUGCAUUUUCACUCUGUGGCGUUUUUCCUUAUGUGCAAAGUUUUCGUGUAAUUUUCGUCAGGUUCGCAUGUGCAAAAUACAAAGGAUAAUGCUUUCGUUUCGAUGGCAGUAAAAAUUGUUUUUACCCCGGUAUAUAAGGCAAGCUCUUAAUAGUGCUGAACCAUUUGCAUUAGGAAGUGCCCAUAUGGUGAAGAAUAGUUAGACGUCAAACAGUUGCAUUUAUUUCUAUUCUAUUGCAUUUUAGCAUAUGUUUGUGAUAUUCAUUAACUGUGAUAAUUUGAACAUUUUCAAAAAUAAAUUAUUAAGAAAACAG